GUGGCUGAGCCUGUGCCAAGGGUGUUGCCAAAGGACGAGGAUCCAAGUUUGGUUAGCAGAAACAAAAGAAUGUUGGGGCAACUUUUAGGUACUUUGGAGAAAUUCCGGAAAGAAGAUAUGAAACUUUCAGGGACGGAGGCAUUUAAGCAAAGGUCAAAUGCUUUGCAAAGAGCGGAGCAAAGAGCACGAGAAGAAAGUGAAAAGCUGAGGCAGCAAGAGCGUGAACAAAUUGCAGAAAAGAGAAGGAGAGAUCUGAGUCUUAGAGCACGUGUUGCUGCCAAAACAGAAGAAAAGAAGUUGGAAUUGCUGUUUCUUCGGUGGAGUGAGCACCAUAAAAAACUUUGCAAUUUUAUAAGGACUAAGGCAGAGCCCCCAAUUUAUUAUUUGCCUAACAAGCCAUUGGAGGAAGAUGCAACCUUGCUUGAGCAACGCAAAGAGCAGACAUUUUCAGAAUGGAAGGCUACUAGGAGAGAGGAACUGUCUGAAUAUCAGAAGCAGAUUGCAGAGCAGUAUCUUAGCAAUGUUGAAAAGGAAUUAGAAAGGUGGCAAAAUGCAAGGAAAGCAAGGAGACCUAACAAUGAUGCAAAUUUACAGGAAACAAUGGACAAAGAAUUGGACACCCAUAGGCUUGAGCAUGGUCCCAAGACAAGAAAGAUCCCUGGUGGAAGCAACAAUGAAGAUGAGGAUGAUGUAGAAGAUAUCAAUGUUGGGGAGGACGACAUGAUGGAUGAUGUGCUGGUAGUUGAUGAUAAUGGUAGAAGGGAUGAUGAAGCAGCCAAGCCAGAAGCUGGUAGCGCCAGCGCACCCCGAGAUAAUCUUGAUCAGUAAUUAUUGAAGGCAUCCAAUGAAAUCCUUCGUUCAGGUUAUUCACUUGCUAGGUUUAUCUUGUCUUCUGUACUUGCUUGCUUUUUUUAGGUUCUCUCUCUUUUUAAAAAAAUUUUUUUUUUGGUUUCUUUUAUUUGUUUUCUCUUUGACGUCCUAUCUUGAUGUUUUUAAUGCAUUUAGGAUUAAGUACUUAAAAAGCACGAAUGGUUAUUUUUUUAGGAUGAAUUUUUAUAUAUUACUGCAUGUUCAUGUUGAGGA